UAGUCAAAAUUAUGUUAACACUUAAUUCACAAAACAUGCAUGUGCAAGGCAGCGAGCAACAGCACCGUUUAACCCGUCACCCGCGGCGUGCAGGAGCGGAAUCAUCCUUCAGUUCAGUGUGGACAUCAUUGGGACUAACCCUGUGUUAUAAGGAUUUGAAUCCUUUUCCAUGAGCCUGGAAGUGCGAGUCGACUCCAAGAAGGAAAAAUGCCUGAAUGAAACGUGCACGAGAGCGCUGAAGUUCAUUGGACGAAGAAUGACCAAUCAGAUAAGAGCGUGCUCGCGAGCGGCCCGAGGCAUCCGCCCACGAACGGAAUUAAAGGUGUCAUGAUUAAAAGAGAAAAAUAAUUACAUUUUUUAAAAUUAAUUUUUCCGGCGGUUUUUUCCCCCCGAAACAUUUUCGAUGAAUAAGUUACUUCACCGUUUUAUAUAUAUAUAGUAAGCAAUGGAGUUAUUAAAGUUGUUUACUUUUUCAUCAGUAGCACGUUUUGAUCCGUAAAUGACCACAAUCACGUCAUUAAUAUGCAAAUGAGCUCGUGACGUCGCCCAGAGGAUUGUACCACCGGUUAAACAGUGAGCGCGGAGCCGCGGCGGUCUGAGGGAGCACCGGAUCGGCUCUGUAAAAAGCAACUCUAAUUAUUUUUCUCUUUCUGUUUUAAACAUGACGCCUCUAAUUGUGUUCGCGCUCUGGAGCUGUUUUGCGGGGGCCAGGAGUCGGUGGUUGCCCGGGCGGAUGCCGCGCUCUCCUGCAGCGGGGCAGUGCAGCCAGCUCACCGCGCCGUGGACCGGCAGUCAGCCCGCCUCAGCGGCCGCAGACUGGAGCCGCGUGUACCGCCUGAAAGUGGCGCCCAUGUCUGAGGAUGGCCCGCAGCGCCCGGUGUUCCCGCAGCAGCCGCUCUUCCGCUUCAUCCGGCGGGUGUACAGGUGCUGCCGGCUGGGCCACCGCUGCGGAGGGGUGAAAGGGCUGCAGGGCCGGGGGACUGCAGGCUCUGCAGUUGAAUUUGUGCUGAGCGAGGACGUGUGGUCAGCACCGAUCCUGAGAGCUGAGGUUCAUCUUGACGUUUCCAACCCGCACCAGCUGAACAUCCAGCCCCUGCUGCCCUGGCUGGAGAAACGGCACCUGCCUACGAGGUACAGUGUGUGGAGGAACGAUGGCGUGCUGGAAGUCAGGGUGGAUCUGCUCUUCCUCUUCCAGGCUCUUCAGGCUCUCGGAGGGAAGCGUGGAGGCUCCAGCGUAAUGGAGAUCUGGCGUCUUGGAGGUCUGCACACAAUCCAGGCUUCCAAAGCAAGGCCCACUGAGAUGCAGGGUGGAGACAGAAAGGUGGCGCACCCCCUGCAGGUUCCUGUAGAGCUGGGCCUGGUUUUACACUGCAGCACAGUGGAGCUGAACACGCCACUGCCGUGUGAGAGUCACGGGGUACGGCUGCUUCACACACCCUUCAUCACGCUCUCAUACGGAUAACUCUCUCACUCACUCACACACACACUGCUCUUGAUGUGUUUGUCAAAAGUGCGGUAUACCAGAACACUGUAAAUUUCCAAAUACGCACUUCAGCAAUCCAUUGAAAUAUAUUUAAUUUAUAUGGCUGUUAUU